AUGAGCCGCAGGCGCCUCGUGGCGUGCGCCGCCGCGGUUGGGGAAAAAAGCGGCGCCGCCCAGAUUCGCCGCAGUGACUGGGCGGCGAGGAACGUUGACAGGGCCACCGGGGCGGGCUGCUCUUCUCAGAGCGUGCCUGCGUAUUGGGUUUGCUUCCUUGCAGGCUGGCGGCGUUGGUGCGUCGUGGCUCUCUCCUUUGCAGGCGCGUUUGCCGUCUGCCUCGCCGCCGUGCUGUGUUGUCGCGCGUGCUCCCCGCAUCCUCCCCGCGAUGUGGUUUGGGCUGACGAUGUCCGUCUUUCUUUCUAUUUCUCUGUUUUCGUCGUGGCGAGGGAGGGGGAGGAGAAGCGAAGAAGGGAAAAGUGGUCCUGCAGCGCCAUGUGGCGACGUCUUACUCGCAGUCCGCCGGUGGUUCCUUUGCGUGCGUGCGUGGCCCGCGUGCAUCUUGCCGCGGAUGCAGCGCGGCGCGGGGGCGGGGGAAGACGCAGGGCCCGCGUGUUGGAGAUGGGCGCCGCCGCCUCACGCACGGCCGACGAGGCACUCGUGUCCGCAGGGGCAACGGCCGCGCCGGGCCCAUCGUCGAAGGCUGCGGCGCCGUUGCGAGGCCACAGCGAAUUGCAGGGACGGGAGGAGGAGGAGGCGGCGGUCAUGAGCGCCCACGACCCCGCGGCGGUGGUGCGGCUCGACUCCCGCAGGCGUCAGCUUCACCUGAGCCCCGUUCAGCGGGAGUUGAUUUGGGGCGCGCGGCGGCGGCAGUAUCAGCAGUUGCUGCUGCGCAUCGUGGCCUGCAUGGAGUCCCACCUCUCGCCCAUUGAAAAGUGCCACGCGCUGCUGGCCCUGCACGAAGAGGUCAUUGCGAAGCGCCUGCGCCUGCGCGCUGACACGUACGAAGACAUCUUUCACGUUUUCUACGCCGUGGCGACGCUGGGCAGCGCGGCCCCCGCGUUGGCGGAGGAGGAGCUCGUCGACCGUCGCGGCCUGACCUCCUCCUCGUCGAGCCUCCUGCCGGCGGAGUUUGCAGGCGCCGGCGUGGCGGCCGCCUCGCUGCUCGCGGGUCCGCUGCUGCAGAGCCUGUGGACGAUGUACCGCUACAUGAUUGACAGCGGCACCAACCCGACGCCGCGCGCGGUGCAGCACGUGAUGGGCGUACUGGAGCGCCGCGGCACGCGGGACGCGGUUGUGGAGGCGCGCGCCCACUCCCUCAUGCUGGACCUCGACCGCUUCCACCUGGCGCCGACGGAGUACACCGUCGCCGCCUACGUCGGGGUGUGCGACAGCAACGGCGUGAUGCACCUCGCCGUGGCCCGUGUGACGGACUACCGCGUCCGGCACGAGCGACAGGUCUCGCCGGGCGUCUACGCCCGCCUGCUCUUUGGGUUGGCGCACAACCAGCAGUACGAGGAGGCGGUCGCGUGUCUCACGACGCUGGGCAGCGUGGCCGUGACCCCGCACCUGCUCAACGCCGUCCUGCACGUCGCCCGCCACUCCCGCAGCCCGCUCUCCGCCUUCAGCUUCUACAGGAGUGUGACGGGGCGGCGGGGGGGCGGCGUGGCACCGACGCCGCACACCAUCUCCAUCCUGCUGGAGGCCAUGUGCGUGACGGGGUGCUACGACGAGAUGGACUUCCUCCUGCGUGAGAUGCGGCGGCACAGGGUGCGGGGGGGCAAGCUGACGCUAAACCGGCUGCUGGAGGUGCUGCUAACGCUAGGGCGGCGGACGGAGGCCGUGGCGCUCUGUGCAGCGAUGGACAAGAAGGGUGUCUUGGUGUUUGACGAGCUGCGGCGGCAGUGUGCGGGCACUGCCACCGCGCCGCCUGGCCGGCAGUAG